AUGGCCCAGCAUCACCACCUCGUCGCCCACAGCAGUCCGGAUGCCAUCACGACCGAUGCCGACGCUUCCACGCCCAUGGGUCUGCGAUCGCCGCCUGAUAGUGACAAGGCGAUGAACCCCGACGAGGCUUCCGACUCCGAGCUCAGCGACCUAGACGACGAUGUUGCCGACAAACUCGACCAAGACGUUACGUUCGAUCUCGACCUCGGCUCCGACCCUCUGCCUGAUUCGAAAACCGGACACCAGCAGCCUGAGCCUAGCGUCUCGCAUGAACACAAGGAGCCUGCCGCCGCCGCGGCCACGGUCGAAAGUACACAGAUCAAUGAGAAACAAGAGGGCGAGAGAAAAGAGUCAACCUCUUCACACUCGCAACAAAUAGAAACUGGGGCAGCGUCCGCGGCCACCCCAAUGUCUCCAAGUGAGGACAUUGGCGAGAUCCUGCCGGAUAGAUUCGAGAACAAUGUUCCUGUUUUCAAGCCAAGCAUGAAGCAGUUUCAAGAUUUCAAACUCUUUAUGGAAAAGGUAGACAAAUAUGGCAUGAAAUCCGGCAUCAUCAAGAUCAUCCCGCCCGAGGAAUGGAGGAGCCAGCUGCCGGCACUGGACGAUCUGGUCAAGCAGGUCCGCGUUCGUGAACCAAUCAAGCAAGAGAUCAUGGGCCAGAACGGAACCUAUCGCCAGGUCAACAUUCUCCAUCAGCGAUCCUACAACCUGCCCCAGUGGCGCAAGCUUUGCGAACAGAGCGAACACCAGCCUCCUGCGCGACGAGGCGAGCGACGAGCGAAUGCUGAAAAGGACAAGCCCGCUGCUCGAAGCCGCGCUGCUGCUGCGGCUGCAAACGCCACGACAUCGAACAAGACCACGACAAGCCGCUGCGGACGAACCGACGAUCCCCCCAUCACUCCCGUGUCACCACCGCCCGAAGACGAAGACAAGCCGCUUGAGUCGAUCGAGGAGGAUGUCAAGGAUGAAGGUUGCGAGGAAGAGGAGAGCGCUCCCAGAGUUGGCCGAAUGGGCUUUGGCAGACAAGGCAAGCCCAAGAUGCAAUCGACAUCCGCGCGGCGCAAGUACAUCCGUCGCGAAGGGUCAGCCAUGAUCGACGAGGCAGCUUUCAAGAACUGGGAUUACCGUAUGGACGUGUCCGAUUUUACACCCGAGCGCUGCGAAGAGCUGGAAAGGAUAUACUGGAAGACAUUGACAUAUGCCCCUCCGCUAUACGGUGCUGAUCUCCCCGGAACGUUGUUUGACGAGUCAACCGAGAACUGGAACCUCAACAAACUCCCCAACCUGUUGGAUGUUCUUGGUACAAAGGUCCCUGGCGUCAACACGGCGUAUCUAUACCUGGGCAUGUGGAAGGCCACCUUUGCAUGGCAUUUGGAGGAUGUGGAUCUCUACAGUAUCAACUUCCUCCACUUCGGUGCUCCCAAGCAAUGGUAUAGCAUCUCGCAAGCGGAUGCCCGUCGGUUCGAAGCGGCCAUGAAGAAUAUCUGGCCAACCGAUGCCAAAGCCUGCGAUCAGUUCCUUCGCCACAAGUCCUUCCUGAUUUCACCCUCCCAUCUCAAGCAACAUUACGGCAUCACGGUCAACAAGGUCGUGUCCUAUCCCGGCGAGUUCGUCGUGACAUACCCUUAUGGCUACCACUCUGGCUACAACUUGGGUUACAACUGCGCUGAGGCUGUCAACUUUGCCUUGGACAGCUGGCUCCCCAUGGGCAAGAUUGCCAAGAAGUGCCAAUGUGCUCAAGCUCAGGACAGUGUCUGGGUGGAUGUCUAUGAAAUCGAGCGUAAGCUGCGCGGUGAGUCGACAGAGUACGAGGUCACAGAGGAUGAUGAGGAGGAGGAGGAUGAGGACUCGGACGAGUCAGACCAAGAUACCGGAUUACCUAGUCCGCCGUCGGGCUUGGACCAAAGAGGAGGGAAGAGAGUCAGGACAGCAGGGCGGAAGAGGAAACGGGAGGCAAACAACAAGGGUACUCAAGCGAAAGCAAAGAGAACUCGUUACCGCCUCAAGGCACCUGUCGAGCCGCCGUGUUGUCUGUGUCCGAACGAUAUUCCCGGGGCGGAGAUUAUGCCUACCGACGAUGGCCGCAAGGCUCACCGGAUGUGUGCUCUUUAUCUACCGGAGACGUACAUCGAGACCGUCGACGGCCAGGAGAUUGUCGCGAAUCUGGCGGGCAUCGACAAGGCCCGCUUGGAGCUCAAGUGCUUAUACUGUAGGUCCAAGAAGGGUGCUUGCUUUCAAUGCUCGCAAAAGAAAUGUCCCAGGUCGUAUCAUGCUACAUGUGCGGCUGCCGCGGGCGUGUUUGUGGAGGAAGGUGAUGUGCCGGUCAUCGGAGAGGAUGGGACGGAAUACAAGGAGCAGGCGUUUGAGUUCAGCUGCCGCUUCCACAGAGUCAAGAGAGAUCGCAAGACAGAAGGCACUAUUCUUGAGGAUGACCCCGUCGUGCGCAAGACUGCAGAGGCACUCAAGAAGCACGACAUCUGCCAGAUUCAGUACUACCAGGGCAAUAUUUUUGCCGGUGUGGUGGUGGAGAACUUGCACGAGGAAGAGACACUCCUGCUUGAUGUUAUUCCCAACGGAGAUAGGAUUCAGGUUGAGUGGAAGUGGCUUCUCGUUGCCGACCCGUCCGAGUACCGGUUGCCUAAAGCAUCACCCAACGCCAUUCCGAUGCCGACAUCGAAGAAAGCCAAGCAGGAGAUCAACGCCAAGCGCCCGGUCGAGGAGAUUCCAAGAAAGGGUGAUGAGUUCUCUACCGGAUUUGUCUGGGCCGAGUUCCAUACUGGCGAGCCCGACAAGAACAAGGAGCAGGUCAAGAUCGAUAUGGACAAGGAGAAUCAGGUAUGGCACUACCUUGGACCGACGUCUACGGAAGCCAGAGCGCAGUACACAGAAAACCCGUCCAGAAAAAAGCACAACUCCAAGAGCAACUUUUUGGACACGAUACCCAAGCCGCCUCCAGCAUGUCCUCUCCACGUUGCCUCGGCUCCUAGGAAGUCGUUCUCGGCGACGUACCCGGCACAACAGCCGACAUUCACUGCGUCACCAGCAUUGUCACCGGCGGCUCUGGUGUCCAAGCACGACAAGCCAUACGUGUAUAAGCCACGCAAACCUGUCCAGCCACAAACCCAGUUCAACGUUCAGUACACGUCGCACAUGUUUAUGCCGGCACCGCCUCUUCCGUUACUGUCGCACAUGCCUCAGCAGAACCACGCGUUCUACCAGGCACAACUGCGACCGAAUGUCCCUCAAACGGUACACCCUUCCCAGGUGUUCAGCCCUCAGCCCAUGCAGUUUGAUGGUCAGCGUAGGCCAUCGCAGCCAAUCCAACCGUAUCCUCAACAGAAAAUGUCACCACAGCAUUUUUCUCAACACCAGACGCCCCAGCAAAUGCCGCAACACCAAUUCCAACCGCCGCAGCAACAGCAUCAGCACUUCCAGCAUUUCCAACCGCCGCAGCAACAUUAUCAACAACAACAACAACCUCAGCAGCAGCAUCAUCAUUACUCACCGCAGAAUUACCCACAAACCCCUGUCCCGCUGCCUCCACAGGCUUUCCAGUUCCAGCAGCAGACCCAUGUUCCUUUGCCGCAACAGGUCCAGGCUCAACAGCCUCAGCCACGGACUCCUGUUCCUCCACCGCAGCAGGUUCAAACUCAUCCGCCUCAGCAUAAGCAGCAACAGGUUCAGCAGAUUCAACAGACACCUGUUCCUAUACCUCAGGUCCCUUUGCAACCUCAGCGGUCAGCUCAGAGCUCUCCGCAGCAACAGCAACAACCUCCUCAGCAAACACCGCAAGCUCAGGAAGCUGAACAACCGCAACCGAGGGCGGAGCCAGAGCAACCACCAUCUCCGCCGCAACCUCUACCGAAACCGAGGCCUUUCAAGGUGUACAAGGCAUCCCAGUUUAGGAAACUGAAGCUCCCGGAGAAGAAGCCAGGCGCUAAGAAAGACCUGCCAGAUGCUUUUGCGUCUUCAAGAUUUUCGUUUGCUGGCAUUGACCGGGUCCACGACCUUCCUGGACUUACAUGGCCUCCGAAAUGCCCAAUCUCAGGCAAUGAAAUCCAGUUCAGACGGAGGGUUUGGUCUCCUCCGAGUGAGGAGGGCAUCAGUCCAGCUCCUAUGACGUCGUCGCUGCUUAAAAGUCCGGAUGAUGAGAAGAGGGUGUCAACGAAGUACGAAUUUUUCAGGGUUCAUAAUAACAGGGAUUCGUUGAAACACCAGUCGCCUUAUAAGCCGGCUGUAACUGAGGUGGAUGUUACCACUGGGCAGGAAAAGCUUGUUCAUGCUGAUUUUACGAACGAAUACGGGGCAAACCUGACAAAGUUCAUGAAGAAUGCUCGUGAGGCCUUGACAAGAAAAGAAACUUCUGAGUCUAGCUCGAGGCCAGCAACUAGUCAAGCUCCCUCGCACAAUGACUCCUCUGCUCAGCCGAACGAGGGUCUACCCCAACAGAACUCGUUCGAUGACCAGCCUAUGCAGCAGCAAAGGGUCCAACCUCAGUACACUUAUUACCAGCACGAGGCUGGGUUCGGUGGACCUUCAUCGUCGUCGCCAUUCUCAAGUCACUCGGUUCCAGGACCAGUGAUGUUCGGUCCUACGUUUGCACAACAGUCCGGAUCUCCUCACCAAGAUAUGAGGCAGCAGUACCAAGGAUCUUGGCAACAGCAGUAUCAAAACCAAUCUAGUCAUAACAUCUGGAUGGGAAGUCCACAAAUGGUGGGCAGCCCUCAACCGCAGAUGUUUUCUCCUUCACCGGCACCACAGGGUCAUCAUCACCAUCUGCCUCAACAGCAGCCACAGGUGCAGAACCAACAGCCUCAGCCUCAGCCUCAACCGCAACAGCCGGCAAAGCCGCAGUUCACAAAGCAAAGUCACAGCCCGAUUCCCUUGCCGCCGUAUGUGCAGAAGAUGAACCAGGCCAAGCCAUCGCCGUUAAGCCAGCCUCCGCAGACAAACAAUCAGCAGGGAUCCUCGCAAACCCAAGCUCAGAAGCGGCGACAACGAAAACCGGCGGCUCAGCAGGCGUCCGGGCAGACUAUCUCUCCUACCCAGUUAAAUGUGGACACGGGAGUGGGAUCAUCAGCCCAACAAGGCCAACCUCAAAAGGCACAGCAGGCGUCCAACAAUCCCUGGACAAACGCGAACAAUGUGAAUUUGCAGUUCCCUAGGGUUUCCUCGCAGCAACAACCAGCGCCUACCACUGCUGCUGCUGCUGCUCCAGCACAAUCACAAUCACAAUCCCAAAAUGCAUCUUCUGACAGCGCAUCCACAUCCGCAGAAGCAGAAGCGGGGACUGUCGACCCAGAAGUAGAAGAAGAAGAAGCUGCUGCACAGGAGGACGACAACGAAAACUCCUACUUCAACGAAGCCCAACCUCAAGGUCUCCAAACCCCUCCCCUGCAACCCCAAAAUCUUUCUUCAUCAACAGACGUCUCCCCCGACCAGAACUACUUCCCCUCCCUUUCCGCGCCCCCACCCACCCCGCUCACUGGCAUCCAAAACCCCGGCGGGUUCGCCUUUGGGUCUUCCAUGCUCGGUCCUAUUGGCGGUGGUGGCAUCGGAAGCUUUAACCCCGCCUCCGCAUUCAACAUCAAUGCUCUCAGUAGCGGGAUUGUCGGCAUGGGCGCCCUAGGUACCCUAGGCGGUCUGCUAGGCGGCAUCGAGUCUGGGACAAGUGGUAAUGCCACGUGGAACGGACGGGCUAGGGGCUUGAGUAGGAGUGGUGAUAAUGUGUUUAUGGGCAGUACUAGUGCUAUUGAUGAAGAUGGGGAGCAUGGAUUGGAAGGUGCGAGUGGAAGUAGAAGUGGGCAUGGUGGUGGGCAAGGGAUUAUUCCGCAGGAUGUGUUGGACAAAAUUUUGUCGAAUUUACAUCGGUUGGGGACGGAAUAG